AUGGGAUCGCCUGGAAAAGGUGGAAAGCAAGGCAUCAUGGGCCCUCGGGGGCACAAAGGAGAGCCAGGGAAGAAAGGACAGACAGGGGCCCCAGGGGUGACUGGUAGACCCGGAAUGAAAGGAGACCCUGGAGAAUCUAUUUCAUCUCCUGUGGUUGGUAUUUCGCCUUCAACGCUGAGGGUAAACGAAAACGAGGCAGCCUCGUUGCAAUGUUCAGCGAGUGGAAAUCCUCAGCCUGUAAUUGAAUGGAGUAGAAAUGAUUCCGCUUUGAAUCCAAAGUUGGAAAUGACCUCUGGAAAGAUUAUGUGGAAGAAAGUUGCUGGUAGUGACUCCGGCAUUUACACGUGUACGGCGAGAAAUAUUUUAGGAAAAGCGGAAGGAUUUGCAAAACUUACAGUGAACGGUGAGAGAAGAAAAAUAUUUACAAUCGAUGAUUAAGUCGGGUCACUUGUAGUUAUCAGAGAGAAACUGGUCGUGCAUAUCUUAUGCACUAAGAAAAAGACUCUCCUUGAUCAGGCAAUGCAAAAACACGUAGUUAUUGCCAACUCCUGCUUCUCUCUCUCUCUCUCCCUUUUCGUGCUAUCAGCUUUAUUUAUGUUAUCUCAAACAAAGUAUAGUUGUGAAUGAAAGUGAUCCUCGCAGUAAUGUGCACUACUUGGGCAGUAGUGAAAAUAAGGCCUGAAAAAAAUUCAAGCCUGUACGGGAUUUGAACUCAUGACCUCUGCGAUACCGAUGCAGCGCUCUACCAACUGAGCUAACAAGCCGUGAUGUUGGUUCCAAAUAAACCCUUGAAGUGAUAAAUAAGGAAUCGUUUGAAAUUUGUGUUGCCUCCGCAGUCAAGCCUCUUGUAUCUUUACAUCCGGGACCGACUUACGUAAAGGAAGGAACUAAUGUCACAUUACCGAUAUGCCAUGUGACUGGGUAUCCCCGUCCAACAACGACAUGGAGCAGGCCACUUGGCAAGCUUCCACACACAAGUGUUUACAGUUACCUUGGCAAUAUCAGUAUACUCGAAGUGUUCAACAUCCAGAUGAAAGAUUCUGGUAAUUACAUUUGUACCGCCUCCAAUCUUCUGGCUACUACCUCCAUGCAAACAUUCUUAGUCGUGGUUAGACUUCCUAACUUCACUAUCAGGCCUCCUGGAAAUGUUUCCUUGAUUGCAGGUGCUUCUUUAACGAUACACUGCAGCGCAACUGGUGACCCGCAACCGGUCAUUUCUUGGAAGAGACUUGGAGCACAGCUUCCUGAUGGAUGGAAUCAGUGGUCAAAUGGAUCACUUACAAUGAGAAACGUGACACAUGAAGACGCUGGUAUUUACAUGUGCGUCGCCACUAGUGGAGGGGUUUUAGAGAAUUCUGCAAUAAGCAAAGUUCGUGUGAAAUCAGGUAAGACAAUUGCAUGAUCACAAUUCACCUAAUUUUCGCAUUUUUUGUUGAUGUCAAAUCCAUUUUACUCUACUAGUCUCCUUCUCUUUUUCCCUUUCUUGUUUCGGCUUGCAUCUCGCGGACCCUUCACCAGACGGUAAGGCAUAUUCCGCACAGAACCGCUUAUGGCCCUUACUGAGUAUUUUUAAAUGUUGUAUUUGUAUUGAACUGCGUCACUUUCAUGUUUCAAGUUUUGCAAAUGUAAUGAACAAAUGAUGUCUUGUUUGCUUGACUUGCUUCACUCAGUUGCAUUACAAGAUUGCUCGACGCUGCUGAAAAAUGGCCACACCCAGAGUGGGAUAUACAAAAUCGACCCAGACGGGAAAGGACAGUUCAGAGUGUAUUGUGACAUGCAUACUGAAGGCGGAGGCUGGACUGUCUUUCAGAGAAGACGAGAUGGCUCAGUAGACUUCUCUCGGGGAUGGGACGACUACAAAGCAGGGUUUGGUCAGCUGACUGAUGAGUUUUGGCUAGGAAAUGAAAAGAUCCACCGACUGACAGCCUCUACACCCAGCUCCCUAAGAGUUGACAUGGAGGACCGGAACAGGUCCAAAGCGUAUGCCAAGUAUGACCAGUUUAGCGUUGGGGACGAGAAGUCUCAGUAUAAACUUGAAGUUGGAUCGUUUUCAGGAACAGCAGGAGAUUCACUGACAUAUCAUAAUACAAUGAAAUUCAGUACGAAAGACAGACACAAUGACGUAUCCGGUUCUAACUAUUGUACGAGAACUUAUACUGGAGGGUGGUGGUUUAAGAAUUGUCACUAUGCUUAUCCUAACGGCUUGUAUCAUGGAACAAAUGGGAAUUACUAUAAAGGAGUUAUUUGGUACGCAUUUAGAGGAACAAAAUCUCUUAAAUUUAUUGAGAUGAAACUGAAAACGACAUCCUAA